CCCAGAGCGCGGACCGCCGCUGGCGCGAUGUCCACCAAGGUCAGGAAGUGCAAGGAGCAGGCGAGGGUGACCUUCCCCGCGCCGGAGGAGCAGGAGGAGGACGAAGGGGAGGACGAGAGCGCGGAGCCGCAGCGCCGCCUCCGCCGGGGCUGGAGGGACGUCAACGGGGGGCUCGAGCCACCCCGCUCCUGCCCGCCGCCCCGCUCCCCGGGCCCGGACGAGUUCAUGGAGGGAAGUCCAUCCCUGAGGCGCAUGACGGUGAUGCGGGAGAAGGGCCGGCGCCAGGCGGUCCGGGGUCCAGCCUUCAUGUUCAACGACCGGGGCACCAGCCUCACGGCCGAGGAGGAGCGCUUCCUCGACGCCGCCGAGUACGGCAACAUCCCAGUGGUGCGCAAGAUGCUGGAGGAGUCCAAGACGCUGAACGUCAACUGCGUGGACUACAUGGGCCAGAACGCACUGCAGCUGGCCGUGGGCAACGAGCACCUGGAGGUGACCGAGCUGCUGCUCAAGAAGGAGAACCUGGCGCGCAUCGGCGACGCCUUGCUGCUGGCCAUUAGCAAGGGCUACGUGCGCAUUGUGGAGGCCAUCCUCAACCACCCCGGCUUCGCCGCCACCAAGCGCCUCACCCUGAGUCCCUGCGAGCAGGAGCUGCAGGACGACGACUUCUACGCCUACGACGAGGACGGCACGCGCUUCUCUCCGGAUAUCACGCCCAUCAUCCUGGCGGCGCACUGCCAGAAGUACGAGGUGGUGCACAUGCUGCUGAUGAAGGGCGCCAGGAUCGAGCGGCCGCAUGACUACUUCUGCAAGUGCGGGGACUGCACAGAGAAGCAGCGGCACGACUCCUUCAGCCACUCGCGCUCGAGGAUCAACGCCUACAAGGGGCUGGCCAGCCCGGCGUACCUGUCCCUGUCCAGCGAGGACCCGGUGCUCACGGCCCUGGAGCUCAGCAAUGAGCUGGCCAAGCUGGCCAACAUCGAGAAGGAGUUCAAGAAUGACUACAGGAAGCUGUCCAUGCAAUGCAAAGACUUCGUAGUGGGUGUGCUGGAUCUUUGCCGGGACUCAGAAGAAGUAGAAGCCAUUCUGAAUGGAGACCUGGAAUCCACAGAACCUCUGGAAGUGCAUAGGCAUAAAGCUUCAUUGAGUCGUGUCAAACUUGCCAUUAAGUAUGAGGUAAAAAAGUUUGUAGCUCACCCCAACUGCCAGCAGCAGCUUUUGACGAUUUGGUAUGAAAACCUCUCAGGCCUUCGGGAACAGACCAUUGCAAUCAAGUGUCUGGUUGUGCUGGUGGUGGCCUUGGGUCUUCCAUUUCUCGCCAUUGGCUAUUGGAUUGCACCUUGCAGCAGGCUGGGGAAAAUCCUGCGAAGCCCUUUCAUGAAGUUUGUGGCACAUGCCGCUUCGUUCAUCAUCUUCCUGGGCCUGCUGGUGUUCAAUGCCUCCGACAGGUUUGAAGGGAUUGCCACACUGCCCAACAUCACCGUCAUUGACUACCCCAAACAGAUCUUCAGAGUGAAGACCACCCAGUUCACAUGGACCGAAAUGCUCAUUAUGGUCUGGGUUCUUGGAAUGAUGUGGUCUGAGUGUAAGGAGCUCUGGCUGGAAGGACCUAGAGAAUAUAUUUUGCAGUUGUGGAAUGUUCUUGACUUUGGGAUGCUUUCCAUCUUCAUUGCUGCUUUCACAGCCAGAUUCCUGGCUUUCCUGCAGGCAACUAAAGCCCAGCAGUAUGUGGACAGUUAUGUCCAAGAGAGUGACCUCAGUGAAGUCACACUCCCACCAGAGAUACAGUAUUUCACUUAUGCUAGAGAUAAAUGGCUCCCUUCUGACCCUCAGAUCAUAUCUGAAGGCCUUUACGCUAUAGCUGUCGUGCUCAGCUUCUCUCGGAUCGCGUAUAUCCUCCCUGCCAACGAGAGCUUUGGCCCCUUACAGAUCUCUCUUGGAAGGACUGUGAAGGACAUAUUCAAGUUCAUGGUCCUCUUUAUUAUGGUGUUUCUGGCAUUUAUGAUUGGCAUGUUCAUACUUUAUUCUUACUACCUUGGGGCCAAAGUAAAUGCUGCUUUUACCACUGUAGAAGAAAGUUUCAAGACUUUGUUUUGGUCAAUAUUUGGGUUGUCUGAAGUGACUUCAGUUGUGCUCAAGUACGAUCACAAAUUCAUAGAGAAUAUUGGAUACGUUCUUUAUGGAAUAUACAAUGUAACUAUGGUGGUCGUUUUACUCAACAUGUUAAUUGCUAUGAUUAAUAGCUCAUAUCAAGAAAUUGAGGAUGACAGUGAUGUAGAAUGGAAGUUUGCGCGUUCAAAACUCUGGUUAUCCUAUUUUGAUGAUGGAAAAACAUUACCUCCACCCUUCAGUCUGGUUCCCAGUCCAAAAUCCUUUGUUUAUUUCAUCAUGCGGAUCAUUAACUUUUCCAAAUGCAGAAGGAGAAGGCUGCAGAAGGAUCUGGAGAUGGGACUGGGUAACUCAAAGUCUAGGUUGACAAAGUGCUUUGCUGUACAUUUGAGCCUCGAGCCGCACUUUGAGUUAAACCUCUUCACUCAGUCUAACUCAAGAGUUUUUGAAUCACACAGUUUUAACAGCAUUCUCAAUCCGCCAACACGUUAUCAGCAGAUAAUGAAAAGACUUAUAAAGCGGUAUGUUUUGAAAGCACAAGUAGACAAAGAAAAUGAUGAAGUUAAUGAAGGUGAAUUAAAAGAAAUCAAGCAGGAUAUCUCCAGCCUUCGUUAUGAGCUUUUGGAAGACAAGAGCCAAGCAACCGAGGAAUUAGCCAUUUUAAUUCAUAAACUGAGUGAGAAACUGAACCCCAGCCUGCUGAGAUGUGAAUGAUGUGAACGCCUGGAAUUCUGACUUCAAACAUAGCACAAAUGUGGGCAAUAAUAUUUCUAAGUAUGAAAUACUUGAAAAACUAUGGUGUACAUUUUUAGCAUUAAGUAUCUUUAUCAUGUUACUAAUUAGGUCUCGAUUUCACUGUUUUACCACAUGAAAAUGCAUUUUAAUUGUCUGCCUUGAUAUUAUAAACAAUUUGACAUUACCUUUGUAUUUAAAGGCCCAAUAUUACUACAUUAUUGAUGUUUUUGUCCCUUUUAGAGUAUAUUCUAUGUCUUUGCACUACUUGUUUGCCUACAAGAGACUGUCAAGUGCUUGGGGACAGGGACCAUGUCAUAUUCAUCUUUGUGUCUCCCAGCAUCUAGUACAGUGCCUGGUCCAUAGUAGGUGCUCAAUAAAUGUUUCAGCCAAAUGAAUUGACUGCCAUAAAAUACAAAUAAAAAUAAAAGAUCAUAACUAUGUAGCAUUCCUUCCCUUGUCCAAGUGCUGAAGAGAUUUUUUUAAUAGAAACUGAAGAAAUUUUACAACCAGUUAUGACUUGGUAAGAAUUUCUUAGAGCUUUAGGCAUUACUGAUAAUCCUAGAACCAUUGAGCCCUGAGUGAAUAAUUUAACAAUGAAAUGGCUUAAUAGAAAAUAUAAUUACAUUAUAUAUUUAAGUUUCCAAAAUUGUUCAAAACAACACAUUAAAAGAUUUUUCUAAAAUA